AUGAUGCUCAUGCGCUUGUGUCCCCAGCGCCAGAUAAGACCAAGAUAUUUGGUCCAUGAUACGCAUUUGUUCGAUUGUGUUGACGGUCGCCAAGUCAUCAGCGCGCUGCGUCUUGGCUCCGAGAUUUCGCGCGAGUUGGAUUUCCAGUACAUCGUAACAAUAAUGAAGACGAUGCGUUUAAAGUCCAUUGUGCCACCAGAUCUAAAAUCCACGCACGUGUGGGCGGCCGUGUUGAAGUAUGAGGGAAGGGUGGUAACCAUCCAAUCGCCAUUCGAUUCUUGCGAGCUAUUGCGC